AACAUAAGGGUCCAUUUAUACCAUUUUCAUUUUUCACCAAAACUUUCAUUACAAGCAGUCGAGAGCUAUAGUUCCUUUUUGCUUGUUUCUUUUCCUUUUCCCCAGUUCUCCAUUAGAAGAACCCCACCCCGCGUCAUCUCGUUUCGAAAGCUUUGAUUUCUCAAAAUUCUCCAUUGAAAAAACAUUUGCAGUCUCUCUCUCUCCCUCUCUGUCUCUGUGAAAAUUAAGAGAAACGCCAAAAUGAAUAGUGUGAUUACUGAAGUUGCAGCGCUACUUAAACGCCGUUGCUCUGCUGGAAAACGCAAACCCAAGUUUUUCAAGAGAAGAGUCAAGAUAAAAGCAAAACGGAGAAGUAAAAAAGCAGUAGCUGUUAAAGGAGAAGAAGGAGUUAGCCCACUGGUGAAGAAGUAUUGGGUCCAAAGAUAUGAUCUUUUCUUAAGAUAUGACGAAGGAAUUAAGAUGGAUGAAGAGGGCUGGUUUUCGGUUACGCCGGAGCAGAUUGCCGUCAGGCAUGCCGCCCGCUGUGGAGGCGGUGUCGUCAUUGAUGCUUUCGCUGGUGUUGGUGGCAAUGCUAUCCAAUUUGCAACUAUGUGUCAUCAUGUCAUUGCAAUUGAUAUUGACCCUAGAAAAGUUGCAUUGGCUUUUGAAAAUGCAAAGGUAUACGGUGUUGAAGAGCAUAUUGAUUUCAUUGUGGGAGACUUUUUCCAACUGGCCCCAUCCUUGAAGGGGAACGUAGUAUUUCUUUCACCUCCAUGGGGUGGUCCAGCAUAUAAGGCAAAUGAAACUUUUACCCUCGACUUACUGAAGCCAAAAAAUGGUUAUUCAUUGUUCCAAGUUGCUCAAAGCAUAACACCAAAUGUCAUUAUGUAUUUGCCUCGUAAUGUGGACUUACAGCAAGUUGAAGGGCUUUCUUGGUUGUCUUCUCCCCCUAUGAAAGUCGAGAUUGAAGAGAAUAUGCUUCAUGGAAGGUUGAAGAGCAUAACUGCUUAUUUUGGUGAUAUCGUGUUCUAAACCUCAGCAUGUAUGAACUCUAACCGGAAUCUAACAAUGCCCUUUUUAAUUUUAUGUAUCUCUAUAUCCAUCAAAGUCUGUUCAAUCGAAGACUCUGUACAUAUGAAAAUAUAUGGUCUCCGGUUGACUCCUGCUGUUUUAGAACUUCAUGUUAAUUCAGUUACGAAUUACGAUGGAUUACAGGAUUAGCACCGUAUAUGGCCAAGUGCAUGCUGCUGAGCUGAUUAAUGAGGAUGAAAUUAGAAGUUUCCGGCAUUGUAUUGCUGAUUAAUGAAGACAAAACUGUAGAUUUUGCUAUUUAGUACUUUAGAACAAAAAAGAGAGGGAAAAUAGUAAGAGUUGAUUCUUCUAUGUACAAACAUAUGUAAUAUGUAUAUCUUGUCUUGCUAGGUCAGUUUGAGAGUGACUUUUUCACUAAAUAAAGUAUUUUAUCUGUGCGUAUGCAAUAUCUGGAAGGAAAGGGAUGUGUCUAUUAA